CCCUUCAGGGMCAGCYGUCACCKAAGAGUGCAGUGUCUCUAGUGACACACAAUGAGGCCUACCCAYCACAGCCCUCUCCACCUCCAGCCCUCCACCCUGCCUCAUAUAGUCCCCCUUACCUUCACCCCACCAGUCCCAUGUCUUCAGACGGUAGAGCUGCGCUGCACCACCACUCUCCCUCCCAGUUGAACCCUGGCAGCCCUGCUGAGGAGGUGGGCUCUCCCCUCCUGGGAGAGACCCGACACAGAGACUGUCCCCAGAUCAGUGACCASAGGACCACUGGGACUGAAUGUCCACUGUGUGGAAAGAGUUUCUUUUCUUUCUCCAGUGUGGAGUCCCACGUCCACAAGUCCCAUGGUGGCAGACACAAGCAGUCAUCAGCACACAUCAAGACUAACAGUCAGCCGUACGGCUAUAGGCCAGACCUGGGUUUGAGCUACAGGGUCAAGGAGCGUACGUUUGCCUGUAAGGUGUGUGGGAAAGUGUUCAAGCGCUCCUCCACCCUGUCCACUCACCUGCUAAUCCACUCUGACACGCGACCUUAUCCCUGUCAAUACUGUGGCAAAAGAUUUCACCAGAAAUCUGAUAUGAAAAAACACACCUUCAUUCACACAGGUGAGAAGCCCCAUGUGUGCCAGGUGUGUGGCAAAGCCUUCAGCCAGAGCUCCAACCUCAUCACCCACAGUCGUCAGCACAGUCGCAACCAGCCCUACCGCUGCCUCUAUGGCUUCCAGCGCAAACAGGACCUGAGACAAAACCAGGAGAAUCACCGUACAUAGACCUUUAGGCCAAGACCCUAGCUAAGAGCUGAUCUGAGCUCAGUUUUCACAAUCGGGAGAACCACUGUACAUAGAUAGCAACAAMAAAAAAACUCACAUGGUCAUAGCUGACCCCAGAUAAUGUUUUCAUUAUAAGGGGCACCACUGCACAAGCUAAACAGAAGCUGGGGAUGGAUGGAAGAAGGGAAGGAUAAUCCACAAAAAAUUCUAACGAACAUUUACCUUGUCUGUAGUUGAAUCCCAACUGUAUAUUUUGCCUACAUGUAUAUAUUUAACCUUUUUCAAUGUCAUCAUAGGGUCAUAUCUGAAAAUAUGUUUAAAACACCUUUGAACUUUAUUCCAAAGUAUCGCUUUCUUUUGUGUUUGCAUUAAAAAUCUUUUAUCCACUUUCAGAUUUGGAUAACAACAAGA